UCCUGGCUCUGCGCAUGCGCGGCUCAGAGUAAACGAGCUCUUGGCAGAGUAACAUUUGCUUCAACUUGGUUCCUCUGAGAUCCACAGGUCAUGUCUACGGACCCGUCUUCCUCCAGCUCCUCUGAAAUUCUGAUUUAUUUGGCCUGCCAGAACUCCACAGGAAGCAAAGCCACCAACACCAUGUACUCUCUCCUCAGCAUCUUCCUCCUGCUGCCGCUCUACAUCCUCAUCCUCUGCAGGGGCUUCCAGCGAUGGAGGCGCCGCCUCAGGAUGAGCCACACCGACUUCUUCACCCACAACAUGAUCAUCCUGGAGGUUUUCUAUGUGCUGGGAUCGGUGCUCAACACCUGCAGCCUGUACAUCGACAGUUUCACCACCUUCAUGCUGGGGUUGUAUCUGUUCAGCAUCACGUUACCGACGCAGACGCUGUUUCACGUCCUGACCAGCGUGGAGCGCCACCUGGCGGUCGUUCACCCCGUCACCUACAUGCGCCUCAGAGAAUCAUUCGGACUCAGAGUCAGAAACUUCAGCACCGGUUGUGUUUGGCUGCUGGGCUUCGGCUGGGCCGGAGUCACGGCGUGGUACAGUCCUUCAUUUCCCACAAUCCCCUUCUUCUCUGUGCUGGGCCUCUGCGUUGCUGCUAUGGUGUUUUGCUGCCUGUCUGUUCUUCGCGCUCUAACUGGGUCAAAACCUGGCGAGCAGCAGGCGGACCAGUCAAAGCAGAAGGCUUUCCACAUGAUAGUGGCCAUAACAGGCGCGCUCCUGCUGCGGGUCGGCGGCCUGUCCGUGUGUCUGGGUCUGAGUGAGCUGGUUCCCAUGGAGCGCGGGGAUCUGUGUGCGGUGAUGGACUCAGGAAUGUGGCUCACGAUCCCCAGCAGUCUGGUUUUACCGCUGCUGUUUCUGCACAGGACAGGAAAACUGACAUGCAGCAGAAUCAAACCUGCAGAGUAAAACACCAGAGUUAGAGAGUUUCUGAGAAUGACUGAGAGGUUCAAAUGUUAUAAAAUAAGACUCAAAAAACAAAUAUACACCCAGUAAACCGUUAGAAUCAGAGCUGAGCAAAAUCUACAAAAGCUAUAGUGAAGUGAGAGCAGCACUACUUCGACAUGUUUCUACUCAAGUUAAAAGUAUUUGUUAAAACAUUAACUGAUCAGAAUAUCAAUACUUUAAAAUGACCUAAUCAGACAGACAAAAAUAUAAAGUUAAGUGGAAAAGUUGGAUCAAAAUGUUUCAUAUUAGUAACAAAUAAUAAAAUUAGACAAAAUAUUUUUUUUUUUUCAAAUCCAUUUCUUUCAGUAAAAAUCUGAUGAAACUUUAACAGAAACUGCAGGUGUGAGUCUGUCUGUUGAACUUUUGGUUUAAACAUGUUUGUUUUUCAUUCAGUGGGUAGAAAUUCAGAAAUUUUACCCAAGUAAGAGUAAAAAUACUUCAUAAUACAAUUAAUUAAUGUUUAAUGUAGUAAAAAUAGUCUUAAAAGUACAUUUCUUCAAAAAAGUUACUAAAAUAAAUGUAGCUGAGUAAAUGUAUAGUUACCACCCAACUGUGGUCAUAAUGAUGAAAUUUAAUGAAACAUCAACUUUGCAGAACCUGCUGCUGGCAGAGAAUCUCCAAACCAAAUGGUCAAAUUGACACAGAAAAGGUUUAACUUCUCCUUUAGUUUUAAAUUUUCCAAAAUCUUUUCUCAGGAGUUGCUGAAAAAGAUGAGAGGUUUAUUGUACGUGUGUCUCAUUUCCCUGCUGAUGUUCAGACUCUCUGAUAACAUUUAAUGGAAACUAAAACAACAGAAAGGAGCCGCAGCGAGCCGGCCCUCAGUUCUGACCAGCCCUGGGUUCAGAUUUGUGUUUUGUUGGUGCAAACAUGCAAAGAUGUUUGUUUAAGUCCAGAACCUCGCAUGUUAACAUGACGCGUCCUGACAGGAGGCUCAUCAGUCACUGUCAGGAGGAAACCGGGAACACAAUCAUCAAUUUGAAUACGCAGAGGAAUCGUCUGUAAAGGUACUUAAAGCAGGUUUAACAUCAUUUAAUAACAAUAAGAAAUGUACUGAAGUGCUUAUUUUCAGAAAGUAUUGCUCUGAGUUUGUGGAAAUAGUCAGACUUGUUCUCAGAAAAUUAAAACUUCAGAGUAAAUCAGCAGAAAAAUGUAAGUUUUUGGUCGUUUUGACUGUAAAGAUGAAAGCAGUUUUAUGGGUUUUGUUUCAUUGUUCAGUUGAAACAUCAACUGAACCCAGAAGAAGAUUAAAUUGGUUGAGUCUAUAAAAAACUGGUUGAUUGUAUUAUUUUAACACUGAAACAUUAAAACUGACACGGGGAAUAUUUGACUGAAUAAAAGCGGUUCUGUUAAAUACAUUUGGCCAAAGUUCAUUCAGAAGAACCAACAAGCUUUCACUGAAAACAUGAACAUCAUCAGCAUAAAGCGUGACUCAGGGACUUUUCUGGCUCAGAGACCAUCAGCUGUUGCAGAUUUAAAGGUUUCCUCUGGUUUUUUUUGACAGAUCAUGGCUGAUAAUUCCUCUGAAGUUUCCCUCUCUAAUUAUUCGUCCUCUCUGUACGAACUGUGCCAGCUGUCGGUUGGCAGUACCGUCCUCUUCGGCCUCUACACCGCGUUCGUCAUCGUCAUCCUCGGCCCGCUCUGCGCUCUGAUCCUCAUCCUGGGUUUCCAGCGCCUCUCGCCUGCAGCGACGGCGAUGAGCAACACCGACUUCUUCACCUACAACGUGGUGGCUGUGGAGCUGCUUGGCGUCCUCGGCGCCGCCGUGUAUACCAUAGGAAACCUUUUCACCGGAGAGCCAGCGCUGAUGCUGGGUGUGGUUUUGUCUGCUCCUCCGAUGUUCGGUCUGGUUCUGCUUCACCUGCUGACCUGCCUGGAGCGCCACCUGGCCGUCGUUCACCCCAUCGCAUACAUGCAUGUGAGAGACGCGGUCCGGGUGCGAAUCAGGAACUUCAGCUCUGUUGUUGUCUGGCUGUUUUCCUUCGGCGGUUUGGGCGUAGCUUGGCAGUAUUACCCUGACUACCCCGUUGUUCCCAUGUUUUCCCUCCUCUGUGUGGCGAUAUUCGUCAUGCUGCUCUGCUGCGUGUCGGUCCUCCGCGCGCUGGUUCGGCCCGGCCCGGGCCAGGAAGGCGGCAAGCAGCAGAACGUCGACCAAUCCAAGAAGAGAGCUUUCCAAAUGGUGGUGGCGAUCACAGGCGCGCUGAUUUUACGCUCCGUCGGCCUCCUGUUCUGGUUGGGCGUCGUAGAUCUCGAAACUUUUGACACAAACAUUCUCUGCAUCUUCGUGGAUUUGGGAAUAUGGCUGACGGUUCCCAGCAGUCUGGUUCUCCCAUUGCUGUUUUUGCGCAGAGCUGGAAAACUGACCUGCAGCAACCAGACCAAUGAGUCUGGAUGAUUCAAAAACUAAUGUUGUUGUCUGCUGUGUCUGUAAGAAUAACAUCAUCAUGAGCAGCAGCUCUGCUCAGACAUUCAGCUUCAAUAUCAUGAUUUUACUUUAUUUAAUCUGGAGAUGUACAAAACAACAGAGAAACAGAGGAAAAGUUCAGUUCUGUUUCUCUAAUUGGUUCCAGAGAUUAUCGUUUGUGUGACGUAGAAGAAACAUUAAA